CAAGACUUGAAUAGAGUAAAGCCAUAAAGCUUUCUCUCUCUCUUUUGCUAAGUGGUUCAGCAUUUCUCUUUCUUUGAUUUCCGUUUCUCUCAUCUUUCAAUUUUGUUUGCUUACUUCCUUAAAUUUUAAACCUUUUCCCUCACAAUUUCUCAGUGUAGUUUCAGUGAACUGUUUUGUUGGGGUUUAGCAUAGAAUGCGAGUGUUUAUCAGCUAGAGAUAAAUCCAAAUCUGAAGUUUCGAACAAAGGCUGUUAUUGCAACUGAUCUUGUGGUGGUUCAAGUGUUCUGUAUGCAUUUUCAUCUUCUGUCUCUGAUUCUCUAUGGGGUUUUUUUUUCUGGGUCAUGAGUCUGUGAGAUCUUUCUAGAUUCAUGCAUUUUCCCCCAUUUUUUUUUUGGUUUGGUUGAUUCUCUGAUUCCUUAGAAAGGGUUUAAAGUCAGUUUUGUGGCGGAAGAGAAACGCCAUUAUCAUCUCUUUUUCUUCCUCAUGCAAAGAUAUCUCAGUUUAGAUCUAAAGAUUUGAAGCAAAGAGACAGUCCUCCAAGUGUUUGAGGAAAUGGAUUUCUUGAAAGUCAGGAAAUUUCGAAAGUCAAGGAAGGCAAACCUAGAAAAGGAGCAAGAGCAAGCAAGGAGUGACAACACUGUAGCUGGUGUGACAGAUUCAGGGAAAGCAGAUGAGAUCGAAGACGACGACGAUGAUUUCAUCACCAAUGAGGUUAAAAGAAGGCUUAAGGAGCUGAGGAGAAACAGUUUCAUGGUGUUGAUACCUGAAGAAGACGAAGAGGAGGAAGAGGAAUCUUAUCUAGGCGAAGAUGAGGGAGAAGACAAGUGUUCAAGUGAGUGGAGAGAUGUGGUCGCUGAAGGACUUCAAUGGUGGGGAGGUUUUGAUGCUGUCUAUGAAAAGUAUUGCGAGCGUAUGCUCUUCUUUGAUCGCUUAAGCUCUCAGCAGCUUAAAGAAACUGGAAUUGGAAUUGCUCCAAGCCCUUCAACUCCGUCGCCAAGAUCUGCAUCGAAGAAGCUGUCAUCGCCUUUUAAAUGUCUUUCUCUGAAGAAAACGGAUGUUCCUGAGGAAGAUAUCGAGCGUUUGCAGGAGGCAGAGAUCAUGGACCCCUAUCAGGAUUUAGAGGUAGCUUACGUUGCUCAACUCUGCCUCACAUGGGAGGCACUUCACUGUCAGUACACGCAGCUGAGCCACUUGAUCUCGUGCCAACCCGAAACCCAGACUUUCUACAACCACACUGCUCAACACUUUCAGCAAUUCCUGGUCUUGCUUCAGAGGUAUAUAGAGAACGAACCAUUUGAGCAGGGAUCAAGAGCUGAGCUUUAUGCUCGUGCCAGAAACGCAAUGCCUAAGCUACUUCAAGCUCCUAAGAUUCAAGGGUCUGAUAAAAAGGAGAUGGAGAAAGACACAGACUUCAUGGUACUCGCUGAUGAUCUCAUCAAAAUCAUCGAGAGCUCCAUCCUUACUUUCAACGUUUUCCUGAAAAUGGAUAAGAAGAAACCAAAUGGGGUUAUUCACUUGUUUGGGAACCACAACAAUAACCAUAUCAACUCUACAACCCCUUUGCAACUGGUUCAGUCAUCUGUUGCAAAGAAGAGGGUGAAAGCGAAGGAGCUUGCGAAGAAAACAAAAGGGUUGAGAAACAAAUCUUGGCCUCAAACAUGGGAAGGUGUUCAGCUUUUGUUUGCAGCCAUUGACAUCAAACUCGCAACUCGGGUUCUGAGGAUGGCGAAAAUCAGCAAAGAGCAUCUUCUAUGGUGUGAAGAAAAGAUGAAAAAACUCGACUUUUCUGUUGGGAAGCUUCAAAGACACCCAUCGCCAAUUCUUUUCCCUUGUUGAUAAUAAAAUGAUGAAACACACAAAUGAUUCCAAGUUCAGUCGCAUCAUCUGUGUUCCCUUUAUAGGGUUUUUAAUUUUUGCAGACAAAUCAAUGAAGAGAACUGUGUGUUAACAUUAGCUUCAUUCUGUUUGCCUUGAGGUUAUAAAAUCCAAGAACAGUUGCUUUGGUCUUAGAUUCACUGUUAAGGGACCAUUUGCAUUGUUGUCGUUUGGAUGUAGCACAUAUGAAAAGAAUCCAAUGUUGUCUUGUUAAUGGGAAGCUAAAUCUAUGAUCA